AUGGUUCCAAAUGAAGCCCAUCAGUAUUGGGGGAUUCUCCAAUUACUUCAAUAUUUCAAAUGGAGAUGGAUUUCAUUCAUUGCUGCAAAUGGGUUGACAUUAGACUGGUUCAUGAAGACAAUGAUCCCAGAAUUUUCCAAGAAAAGCAUCUGUUUUGCUUUCAUAGAGUCAUUUACUAACUUAUGUUUACAGUAUAACACUGACAAGGUCACUUUAUUAAACUGUGCUUUUCAAUUGUAUGAUAAAAUCAUGAACAGCAAAACCAAUAUUUGGGUUCUUUAUUGGGAUAUAUAUCACAUGACAUUUCUGGGAGAUUUUCUAAUUCAAGUAAUUAAUGGCAUAAUAUCAAAGCCAAGAGGUAAAGUUUGGAUUUUGACAGUUGGAAUGAAAUUAAAAUCCCUUGCAAGCAGGUGGAACUGGGAUGCACCAUUCCUUUGCACAAUGUCCUUUACACUUCACUCCAGAGAACUUCCAGGAUUCCAGCAAUUUCUUCAGAACAGAAAUCCUUCUGCGGCUUAUGAAGAUAGUUUCCUUAAAGAAUUUUGGACUCAGGUAUUUAGCUGUACAUUUCAGGAUUCCCUUCAGAGCAAUGUGACUGGAGAUAUCUGCACUGGAGAGGAGAGGUUGGAGAGCCUUCAUGAGCAUGUCCUCCCAGUGAGUGUAACAGGCCAGAGUUACAACAUCUAUAACACUGUCUAUGCCGUGGCUCACGCUUUACAUAAAAUGUAUUCAUCUAGGUCCAAAAGUAAGGUAUUCAUGAAGUCAGAGAGAAGACCGCCAGUGUGGCAGCUCCAUCACUUUUUGAAAUCUGUGUCAUUUAAUAACACUGUUGGAGAAAAGGUUUCCUUUGACCAGAAUGGAGUGCUUGAGGCUGGAUUUGACAUCAUAAAUUGGGUCACGUUUCAAAACGGAUCUUGGAUUGGAGUUAGAGUUGGAAAGCUGGAUCCCUGGGCUCCUCCAGAUGAAGCAGCCAGCAUUGAUGAAGACGCCAUUGUAUGGUCCAGCUGGUUUAACCAGACACAGCCUCUUUCCCGGUGUAAUGCCAACUGCCAACCCGGUUAUAGGAAGAAAAGGAAGGAAGGUCAACCCUUCUGCUGUUAUGAUUGCAUUCCAUGUCCCAAAGGAUUCAUAUCUGAUAAAGAAGAUUCAUCUGAAUGUUUCAAAUGCCCAGUUGAUCAAUAUGCAAAUCUGGAUCAGAAUUCAUGUUUUCCCAAGACAAUAACCUUCUUAUCUUAUGAAGAACCAUUAGGUAUUAGUUUAGCCAGUUGUGCUGUUCUAUUUUCUUUCAUUGUGGCUUUAAUAUUAAGAUUAUUCAUGAAGCAUCACAACACCGCAAUAGUAAGAGCAAACAACCAAAGCCUGACCUACAUUCUGCUCAUCUCUCUGCUCCUCUGCUUCCUUUGUACCUUGAUAUUCAUUGGCCAACCUAAGAAGAUAACAUGUUAUCUACGUCAAAAUGUAUUUGGCAUUAUCUACAAUAUUACUGUUUCUACUGUAUUUGCAAAAACCAUCAUAGUAAUUUUAGCUUUUACGGCCACACAACCAGGCUCCAGGAUCAAGAAAUGGAUGGGGAGAAAACUGACCAGCUCCAUUUUUUUCUCUUCCUCCAUAAUCCCAACAGGCUUUUGUCUUUUAUGUAUGACAAUCUAUUCAUCACUGCCGGAGACGGAUAUGCAUUCAUUGAGAGAAGAAAUUGUGCUGCAAUGUCGAGAGCCACCGUCUUUCAUGUUUUGCUUUAUGUUGGCCUACAUGAUUAUUCUAGCCACUGGCAGCUUCAGUGUGGCUUUUUUUUCCCGUAACCUGCCAAACAGUUUUAAUGAAAGCAAAUAUAUUGCUUUUAGCAUGUUGCUUUUUUGCAGUGUUUGGUUGAUCUUCAUCCCAAGCUACAUGAGCAUUAAAGGGAAAACCAGGGUAGUUGUGAAAAUCCUUGCCAUUUUAGCUUCCAGUGCUGGAUUUUUAGGAUUUCUCUUUUUCCCCAAAUGCUAUAUUAUCUUAUUGAAGCCUGAACUGAAUAAGAAGGAGCUCUUCUUUAAAAAACAGUUCUGA